GGAUUUCCUUAAGUUAAUAAGAGAAAGAUUUGAGGACAAAAACUUGGCAAGGCGUACAGAAAUGUUGAUCCUCAGGCUUCGUGACAGGAAAUGGAAGAGUACCUCUGCACUAAAGGCAACUAUGGAUGAACUAUUGCAAUGCCCUGAUCAUGAGUUGACGCCAACCCAAAUUCUGAACAGUUUUGCACUAGCACUCCCGGAUCCCCUAAGAACACAACUCUAUCCCCGUACCAAGGAAGAGGGGAUGACAUAUGAGAAGUUCGGCAAGAUCGCCAUAGAUCAUGCCGGCUUCCUCGUUGAAGCAAAUUAUUGCCAUUACUGGAAGGAUCUGCAAGCGGGUAAAAGAUGGCAAAACCGCACCAUCUCAGGGUCUAUACGUGGGAAAGACAGUCUCCUUCUAACCUUUGAAGAAGGAGGCGCCGAGACCAUCUCCUGGGAUCAGGUUGACUAUGGUCUCGAUGAACCCAACAGACCGGUAGYUCAGGAGGGGAGUUASGCGGCUGUUGCRGCCYGCGGGGGAGGGCGUCAAGGAAGAGGGCGUGGCCGAGGAAGAGGUCGCGGCCGUGGUGGACGAGGAUUCGGCACCCAGAGGGGUGGUGGUGAAGGAAGCCACUACGUGGGAGGAGGGGGAAAUGGUCCCUCAUACGGUGGCCGUGGUUCUUACUCCACCUGGGGUAGAGGAAGAGGCUCAUGGUACAACAAGUGGGAUAAGCCAUACCCACCACAUCCAGGCCUACCCGAAGGGGAGCCUUGGAAAGAGUUGGGAAUAACAGAAAAGGCGGAGCAAUAUGAUUUUAGUAGGAGUCAACACAUAGCUGUGCGUUCCAUAAAGUUGGGGUUUCGGGACUUUGCGCGUGAGCUGGUAGGCGCUAUAGGGACCGAGGUGGGUCACCGCCUCGACAAGACUGAGCGGUUCUKUGCCGGCGCCAUUGAGGGCGUCAAAGCGGCAGCUCCCAAGGAGGAGGAGGCACAUCCUCCUCGUCGGGAACCGGUCAAAGUCAAAUUCCCUGAUUCCUACAAUGGAAAAAGGGAAGAGAACUUCGACAAUUGGGAGGCCAAUGUCAAGACCUAUGUGCAUCUGCAACAGGUCUCCCCGGAUCAGCAGGUUCUGAUUGCGAUUCACGCGCUCAGAGAUGAAGCCGCCAGCUUUGCAAGCUCCCUAGUUCGCGCUGCCAAUUGCAGCGAUGACCCCGUUGCGUACUCCUCAUUCACUUCCUUCACUGAGUUCUUGAAGUUGUUGCGCGAGAGGUUCGCCGAUGUCGCCCGUAGCGUUAAGGCCUCAGACAGGCUGCAGACGAUCCACGCUCGUAAGUGGAAGAGCGCCAGGGCACUUAAGAGUACCAUGGACGAACUGGUAGUUGUCCCUGACCACGGAGUUACAGACACCCAGUUGGUUGGCCUCUUUUAUCGGGCUAUACCCGAAGCCCUCCGAGGGCAUUUCUUCGCAAAGAGCGAAGACCCUGCCACUACAUACGAUUCCCUUAGUCGCGAAGUAGUGGCUUUUGAAGCCAAGUCUGCGUCUGUGUCCACUUUCUGGCACAAGGACUUGGACAAGGGUAAGCAAUGGAAGGGCCGGACUAUCUCAGGGCAAGUAAAGACCAAGGACAACCUUGUCCUAACCUUAGAUGAGGGUAGUGUGGAUGAGAUCCCCUACGACCAGAUUGAGUGGGGGUUAGAGGAGGAGGACAGCGGUGUGGGCCAAGGGAGAUCUUACGCUGCUGUCGCGGCUGGAGGGAGGCCGCAAGGAGGAAGAGGCCAGGGCCAAGGGGGCCGGGCCUCAGGGAGCGUGGCCGAAGAAUUGAAGGAGAGGAUGCCCGCCUGGAUCAAGAUGAAAAAAGAACAGAAAGGACAACUAAUUCUGGUAGAUGUAGAGAUUUUUAGAGGUAGAGUAGGGGCCCUAGUAGAUUCAGGGGCUACCCGCAGCUAUAUUAGUAGGAAGGCGCUGCAGAAGUUGAAGCUGGGGCUUAAAGUCCAAACGCUAGCAGAUCCCAUAGUUAGUAUCCUCGCAGACAAUCAUACUAUGGUUGUAGAGGAGUAUGUAGAGGGAGUCCAGGCGUAUUUCCGCCUAGAGAAGGAUGGGAAAGUGGAGAAGGUCAACCACUCCCUGACUCUCCUCGUAGAAGACAGCCUCCCGUUCGACAUUGUUCUGGGAAUGGAUUGGGGAGAGGCAGCCGGGGCAACGCUCCAUUUGAAGGAGCACGAGUGUAGGCUCCCUAGUCUUUCAGGCGAGGCUAAGACUGCCCGCCUGUUCCAUGUGUCAGGAGUAGAGAAUCCAGUGGCACAUUGCUGCCUUAGUGCGCCUGCCUUCGCGAGAUUCRUGAAGAAGGAGCGCCUAGAAGAACAGGUUUYCGUAGCCUAUGUUAGGCCGGUCACUGAGCCUACGGAAGAAAAGUSGAUGGACCCUGCGAUUGCCAAGCUGCUGGAAGAGUUCAAGGAUCUAACUGAGCCGCCGAUGGGAGUGGUACCGCGGCCCAUCCAGCACCGCAUUGAGAUAGAGCCUGGCAGUARAACUCCUAAGGGUGCCGUGUAUAGGAUGUCCCCACGGGAGUUAGAGGAGCUUCGCAAGCAAUUAGACGAGCUUCUCGAGAAGGGUUGGAUUAGGCCUAGUUCGUCUCCUUUCGGAGCCCAUGUUCUCUUUGUCCCUAAGAAAGAGGGAGAGUUGAGGAUGUGUAUAGACUAUAGGGGUCUGAAUGCUAUUACAGUGAAGAAUGCUGAGCCACUGCCUAGGAUAGACGAUCUUUUAGAUCGAGUGCAGGGGGCGAAGUAUUUCUCCAAGAAAGAUUUGAAGUCCGGAUAUCAUCAGAUAGAGGUGCAUCCUGACGAUCAGUACAAGACGGCCUUCUGGACUAGAUAUGGGCACUACGAGUUCAUAGUGAUGCCCUUUGGACUAACCAAUGCGCCAGCUACGUUCCAGCGCUGUAUGAACGAUUUGUUUAGGCCGUGGUUAGACAGGUUUGUUGUAGUUUAUCUAGAUGACAUUUUAGUGUUUAGUAGGACCCUYGAAGAGCAUCAGGGUCAUCUCAGGCAGGUCUUGGAGAAKYUGAGGGAAGCUAACUUCAAGAUCAAUGCAAAGAAGUGCGAUUGGGCAAAGACCCAAGUUCUGUACCUAGGCCACGUCUUAGACGAAGACGACGUUAAGCCAGAAGAUAGCAAAAUCGCAGCGAUUAGAGAUUGGCCCAUGCCACGUACGCUGACAGAGUUGCGCUCGUUCCUGGGCCUAGCUAAUUACUAUAGGAAGUUCGUGAGGAACUUCUCCACCAUCGCUGCGCCACUUCACAGAUUGCUGAGAAAGAAGACCAUCUGGAAGUGGGAUAAGGACUGCACGUCUGCCAUGAAGAAGUUAAAGCAGGCAUUAAUAGAGUAUCCGGUCCUUAAAGUCGCCGACCCGUCCUUGCCCUUUGUCGUCACGACCGAUGCAAGUCAAUACGGCAUAGGCGCAGUGUUGCAGCAAGACGAUGGCAAUGUAUAUAGACCCGUAGAGUUCAUGUCCGCCAGAAUGUCUUCAGAGAAGGUCGCGACAUCUACCUAUGAGAGGGAACUCUACGCUCUCAGGCAAGCCUUAGACCAYUGGAAWCACUACUUGCUUGGGAGRCACUUCAAAGUCUAUUCUGACCAUGAAACGUUACGAUGGUUAAAGACGCAGGCCAAGAUGACACCUAAGCUUACUAGGUGGGCCGCAGAGAUAGAUCAGUACGACUUUGAGCUCAAGCCUGUCAAAGGGAAGUACAACGUAGUCGCGGAUGCUCUGAGUAGAAGAACUGAUUAUUUUGGGGCAAUAGUACAUUACCUCGAUAUAGGAAAGGAUCUGCAGCAGCAGGUUAGAGAAGCCUACGCGCAGGACCCUAUCUAUGGGAUGAAGAAUGACUGCGUAGAGUAUGUUUGCAGUUGUAAGGUCUGCCAGCGUAACAAGUCUUCUAUGCGUGCCCCGUUAGGUCUUUUCAGACCCUUGCCCAUUCCGGAUCAGCCGGGAGACUCAGUGUCAAUAGAUUUCAUGGACACUCAAGUCAAGAGCAGGCAUGGCAAGAGCCAAGUCAUGGUCAUAGUUGACCGCUUUAGCAAGUUUUGCUCCACCCCCGGGCAAACCGUUCCUCAUCCUCGACGCCCAAGUAAUCUAUACUCAACCAGCAAUUCAGGCAGAGGGGUGAAGAUAGCAGCCUGGCAUGCAGCGGCUUGCACCAUGUUCGGUACGUCAAGACUUGGCCGCUGUGCUGCAGGUGAUGAUCGGUCUGCAGCUGCUCGUUUUCAGACAGUUCAAGAGGACCAGAGCCCAAUGAGUAUUGAAAGAGCAGAUGUUCAUUCCGAAGCAGCGGGAAAGAAUGUAGAAAGCAGCGGCCAUGACAUUGAAGACAGCACUAGAUCGGGCACUUGCAGAUUGCAAAUAGAUGGCACGGGGCUAGAAAAAUCCCCAGCAUUCAGGUUUGGAGAGUGCUUCGCCCUUGGGUCGGCAUCACCCUCAGAAGCUGCUCGUCAUGUUGUCAGAAACGGGCUUCCUGACGUGAGUUGCACCAGCAUGCAUGCCAGUCGUGAAGGUGACGAUGGAGAUCACUUCGAGUAUUCAGAUGGUCUUGCAGCUAAGCGAUGGUCCUCAAAGUUCUGCUUUGAAUUUCUUCGCAGCAAGGAGCGCGCAUGGAGUGCCGUGGAUCAGUUCUAUUCAGAAAUGGUCAAAGGCCAUACAUCACUGUCUGAGCUAGUUUCAAAUGAUGUGGCAGGCACUGCAGCAGCUGUGGGCAGGCAAAUUGGCACGGGAAACUGUGUCAGAGAGGUAGACAGUGCAGCUGCAGGAGUUACGGUCAAAUCACAGAAUGGUAGCAAGAGAAAUGGAGGCAGGUGGAACCGUCGCACUUUCCGGACUGUUGUAGCAUACAAUGGGUCAGCCUUUGAUGGCUGGCAAUGCCAGCCAGGCCUGCACACAGUUCAGGAUGUUAUUGAGAGGGCACUUCGGAAAUUUGCGGGCGAAACUCCUCGUAAGAAGGGAGCCAAAGCAGUCGUAAUUCCAAAAGAGGAAUCGUCAGGGGGUUUUGUUCUUGUGGCUGGCCGCACAGACAAGGGGGUAUCUGCCUGUGGUCAAGUCUGCUCCUUUUACUCGUGGGACUCUUGUGUGCAGGUCUCUGACAUUGCGAAAGCUCUAGAUGAGGCAGAGCCAGGAAAUCUCAGGUGUAUCAGUGUCGAGGAGGUGCCGCGGAGCUUCCAUCCAGCAUUCUCUGCCACAUGGCGAAGUUACACAUAUCUGCUGCCACUUCUACCGUCGGAAGGUGGGCCUUGCGUGCCUGUGCAGGGUAUUACAGAUCCAUGGCCAAUGACAGGAAAGGGGCGGCGGCAAAUGCGACGAGAUGAGUGUGAAGCUUUCAGUGACAAUGCGAUAAGCCCAUGUGGAUCAGAUCAGAUUGUGAGAGAAGUUGAUGAAGUUGAAACUGCACAAGGCAUCAACCGUGUCGCCCCCAUGAUUUCCUCCGGGGGAGCGGACCAUUGUGCCAAAGGACCUCAGGCUGUGUAUAAGCAUAUAGACAGCUCUGAUUCUGUGGCACAUCAUGUAGACAGCUCCGAUGACAUGGCACUUGAUUAUAAUCCUCCUUGCAAGCCCGUGGGAGUUGAUGUUCGCGCAAUUGAUCAGGCUCUCAGGAGACUGGAGGGGAAGACAUUGUGCUAUUCGCUUUUUGCACGAGACACAAAACCAGGCAGAAGUAGCGGCCCAGCUACUCAGUGCAUAUUGUUUCGAGCUACAGCAAGCUGUGUGACAUUGCCGGUUCACGACCCGCUUUUGGAGUGUCAUACAAUGCAGAAGGAACUCGCAGGAGAGAGAGGGACGUCAGCAAAGUCCGGUGUGCCAGUCCUGAAGGUGGAGCUGGUGGGAAAUAGGUUUCUGAGGAAGAUGGUAAGAGUUCUGGUGAGCACAGCAAUCAGGGAGGCAGCAGGAGGGGGUCAGCACAAUGGAUUGACUGAUCUUAUGGAGCGCUACUCAGACAGACGGGCAACUGCUCCGCCAGCCCCUGCCAGAGGCCUUUGUCUUGUUGGGGUCGGAUAUGGCAAACUGGAGAGUUAAGGUACUUUUUCAAACGCACUCAGAUGGGAGGGAGGCGCUAUCUCCUCCAAAAGGGCAUGUGUGGGAAGGGAGGCUCUACGCAUGGUGACGUCAUUGUCACAUAAAGGUCUCUCAAAAUCCUUGACUUCUUUAGUCCUCUCUUCCUAUCUGCUUCUCUUCUCUUGCUGCUUCUUCUUUGUUGCCAAUAUUGUGCUGUGGUAGCUCGCCUGUCGACUACCUAUGGCUAUUAUUAUCUUAAAAGACGCCGCGUAGACAAAUCUCAAGAAGCCAGGAUCAG